GUCUAUCCCGGGGUACCGACGGAGCUUGAAGCAUAUAUCGACGGCGACGGAGUCAUUUUCAUUUAUAAGAACCUCAAAGACUCAUUUUGUUGUGUUGUGCAAGGAUUUCGGCAAAAAUUUCGCUACGGAUAGUCUUCUAGAGUCUAGUAGAAUACCUUUCAACAGUUGUUUGCGAGUUUGCGUGCCAAUGUUAUCUUUACUCGCACCAAUUAAACUAUCAUUCAUAACCUUUAAAUAUGCUGUGUUUCGAAGGAGCAAUUUGAGGGGAUAAUCCUUUGUGAGAAUUCAGGAAUCUUGAAAGGAAUCGCUGGUAUCUGCUAAGGUACCUAUAGUGCAGAAUUCAAAGGCUCUACAAAAAUUUACAGCAAUGGAGUGCCUGGUUGCAAAUGUUGAUCACCUUGUUUUUGAUAUAGAAAGGGCACUAGAAGAACAGUAUGGAGCUCUUCCACUACCAUUCCCUGGAAUGGAUAAAUCAACAGCUGCUGUUUGUCAAUUUUAUGCAGCAGUAGGAUGUGGGAAGGGUCCUCAGUGUCCUUUUAGUUCUCAAGCCAAAUCUUGAGACUAGAGAGUCUUCUCAUUCCCCCUUUCCCCAAAGGGCGCCCAUGAAUCCAGCAGAAGAGUUUUUCUCUUCCUUACUCUCAAUAAGUCUAUAGUAACGCAAGGCAUGUGCGUGGAGACCGUACGAUUGUAUGCAAGCAUUGGUUGCGAGGUCUAUGCAAAAAAGGUGAUCAAUGUGAAUUCUUGCAUGAAUAUGACAUGACAAAAAUGCCCGAGUGUUAUUUUUACUCACGUUUCAAUGCCUGCCACAAUAAAGAGUGUCCAUUCUUGCACAUCGAUCCUGAAAGUAAAAUCAAAGAUUGUCCAUGGUAUGAUAGAGGAUUCUGCAGACAUGGUCCACACUGUAGGCAUAGGCAUGUCAGAAGAGUGCUUUGUACAAAUUAUUUGGCGGGAUUCUGCCCUGAUGGACCCAAAUGUAAAUACAUGCAUCCAAGGUUUGAACUACCUGCCCCACCAGAUCAGAAUAUGAAAGAUCCAAAGAAACAACCUGUUAUUAUUUGUCAUUUCUGUGGAGAACAUGGACACAAAGCUAUCCAUUGUAACAAAAUGGUAGAUCCCACAAAGGUGCAAUUUAUCCAAGAAGACAGACAUCCUGGUGAGAAUGAGGGCCAAGGUGGCUCAUUUUUGCACCAAAAACUCAUGCCCAAAAAGUUGGAGGAUGUUACCUGCUACAAAUGCGGCACCAAAGGUCAUUAUGCCAACAGGUGUCCUAAAGGGCAUUUGGCGUUCUUGUCACAGUCGAAAAAUCGCGAAUCUAAUAGUCUUCAGAUUGACAACAAUGGGCCUCAUUGAUUUGUAUUGAAUAAAGUGUAAUUGGUUUUAAUACGUAUUUUAAUUAUUUAUGUACAUAUAUAUGAAGUUGAGUCAUUAAUUUUCAGAUAAUGAUUGUAGAAGGAAGAUAAACCAAAAUAUGUGUG